CCCAGCCCCACCCUUUUCCAGCAAUGUCCUCUGUAGAGAAAGACUUUGAGAACAGACCAGAAUAUAAACUAGUCACUUCAUUUAGUGAAGAUGUGAAAGGACUGGAGAAUGAUAAAGAAAUAAUACAGUCUAUACACAAGUUAUGGGACUCUAUCAUUGUCCUCUUGUCCAAUCAUUCAUCAGAUCCCAUUGUACUAGACCUGGUCUGCAAGUCCUUCAAUAGUUCAUCAGUUUAUUCUGUUCUUCCUAACCUUCAUGAGUAUCCCAACCAUCAGUCGCUUCUUGAUCUCUUUCUCUCUUCUUUCCUCUCAUUUGACUGGUCGUCUACCUCCUCCCCCUCUCUCUCCUCUCUUGUCGCUACUGUCCUUUCAACCAUUGGUUGUUUAGUUGAACUAUUUGAUGACUCAAUGGCUACCUCUCACUCUUAUUCAGUAAGGGACUUCAUCACUUUCUCUCUCCUCCCCUCCUCCUAUAGUCCUGGUAUUAGCACUGAUUGUGUCCUCUCUGCCGGGGGCUCAUUCCCCCAGAGCCUCCCCCGGAGGUUUUUAGAACUGUUACUGGAUAAACAGGUUCACUUCAAACUCCUUGAUCUGGUCAGUAACUACAUGUUAAUGUCAGAGGAGACGUUGUAUGAGAUACUCAGAUCAAUAAUAUUAUUUUUUGAGCUCAACCCUCAGACGGUCAUGUCUGGCUAUAAGGAGGCCGGCAGUGAUAACGAUUCUCAUUUGAUGUUGCUCUUUGCUGCUAGUCAUUUUGCUGCUUCUACACGCAUUCAGAGCCAGUUAUGGCUCCUACUGAAUCACAUACUCACAAAGACAGUCUCUGACUCACAAGAGGCCAUGAUACUGCGUGACCUUAACAUCCAGACCAUCUUACCCACCCUAGCAACCGUUGCUAAGGAGAUGUGCCAAUCCCCUAACUCGAUGCUUUCCUUGUGUAUAUUCAUUAGGUCUUACAUGAGUAAGUGUCCAAUGUCAUUUAUUCAAGGUGUGUGUUUCUCUGAUGAUCAGGAGUUGUUGAGGUACUUGAUGAAAGGACUCUCCAAGGAGGUGGAGUCCACUUGUGAUUCUCCUACUCAUAGAGACAUCAAGUGUCUUUGUUCUACUCUUCAUCUCUUUCACUCACUCUGUGCUAAGGAUACUUACUGUGCUCGGAUUAUUCAGUCUUAUAAUUUUAUAAAUGAAAUGGCUAAAGCUGUUCAGUCUUGUCCUUUAUGCUGUGGUCACACCUACUGUAUGAUAAUCGGUUCAGUGGCUCUUCAAAACUCAAUACAACCAGAGGAUCUCCAGUGGUCUCAGUCACUGGAGCCUCUUAAAGCAAUCCUCACUUCUCCACUUCCUCUUGACGAGAGAGCUGAUGUUUACAAUUCACUCCAUGUUGUCUUGAAGAGCAGUAACCUCUCUAGUUUUAUUGAUAGAGAUUUCAUUGACGGGUUUUUCACUGCCUUCAGUCGUGAUAUCAAGGAACUCCCUCACGAUGAGAUUCGGUAUUUGAUAUACGUCACUCGUCUUGUCAUAGAACCAGUCAAGUCAAAGGACUUCCUUCAGUCGUUGUGUGACAGUAACGUUCAUGAGGCAGCAAUAGAAGGUUGUUUGAAUAGAGAUAUUAAAAGAAGCACACACGAGGCUCUUUUAAUAUCAAUGCAAUUUAUUAACUAUUUAAUGAGGCUAUACCAGGAGUAUCUUGGUAAUAUUGACUCCUUUGUUAACUGUAAUGUACUGAAGCAUGUGAUAGAUGUCAUAUUGAUGAGGGAAGGAGCUAAGCACUUAAGGAAUUACAGUGAUCAGUACGGAUCCAUUGUCCUUAGCCUGACAUCCACCAAGAGAUCUUCUGCUAUUAUAUAUGACCAAGGCUCAUUGGAGUUGCUGUAUCCUCUGGUUAGUGAUGAUUUUGAAUCAGGUAUUGUUAGAAACACGAUCCAUGCAGUGGGCAAUAUAGCACUAGCUGGUCAUCACGUCAAGCAAGACAUCCUCUCCAUCUCUUUUCAUUCCAAGCUCAUCCAGCUCCUAGAGAAGAGAAUGGGGACUGGUGAUGCUUACUUGCUCUCGGCUUGCUGUCGUGUCCUCCAUAUUCUGUGUUCUGGUGAUUGGGCCAAGCGGCAAUAUGCUCUUCAAGGACUAGUCACUACUUUAGUAUCAUUAUGUAAGACCAGGAAUGAUUCUCCUGAGAUUGUCUGGCGACCAUUAGGUUUACUUAGCUCCAUCAGUUUCAUGUCACUCUGCAAUAGACAGUAUCUUGUCUCUGAUGGUGUUAUGAAUGAUAUCAUUGAUCUCUUUAAAAGAGCAGUUGACAGCAAGGUCAUCAGUUACUUUACUCUCAUAGUGUUGGCGUUUAGUGAUUUGGAUCGCCAGUUCACUUACCUUUCCUCUCGUGGGGUAGUCCGUAUGAUCCAGACCCACAUGAACAAUGAAGCUGGUAACGUUGAUUUUAAACGCUGGGGGGCUGCCGUCCUGGAGAGAGGGUAUCUUUUUACUGUUACUGAGAGGAGGAGGGAGGAGGAGGAGGAGGAGCUAAUUUCAUUGUUACAGUCCAGCAUCACAUGGCCCCCUCCUUACAGCAAGCUUAUUUGUUGUCAUGACGAUGUAUCAAUACUGCUUGAUGAUGACUCACAGUUGACCCCAUUCUUCCCUGAAGGUUCUCAAACCGUUAACAAAGGUGACGUGGCUUCACUCGGUAUUCAGGACCCUGUGUUUCGUGUGUCCCGUUACUAUGGCUCCACUCAUGGUCUCUGCAGUAACUGCGAUAAGGAAGGACCCUCGGCAGAGCUGGUCUUCAGACCUCAUAACCUGACACCCACACAGUACCAGUCUCUGGUAAGUCGGGGCUGGUACAGGAGGGGAGGUGUUAAGAUGUUCCGCUAUCGGUACAAUCAUAAUAUCGACUGCUCCGACUGGGAGACCAGAGUAUUACUAGUUGAUUUCAACUCUCGUCAGCGGAAGAGCUACCGGAAAGUGUUGAAGAGAAUGCCAGAAGAAAGACUAACGAUAGAGACAGUCCCUACACAGUUUAUCCAAGAGGCAUACGAGUUAUAUAAUUCUUAUCAUAUAGUUAAACACGACAAACCAAAGAAGUCUCGUUACUCGUACUGUGAACACGUUGUCAAUAGUCCUAUGAGGAACCAAUACAGUGAAGGAGGAGGAACAAUAGAGUAUGGAACAUAUCACCAGCUCUAUCGGCUGGACGGUAAGCUGGUCGCUGUUGGAGUGAUUGAUGUUAUUCCAAAUGGAGUGGUCAGCAUUUACAUGUGGUAUGAAAUGUCUAAGGAGAUCUCCAAGUAUUCAUUUGGUGUUUAUUCUGCUCUGAAGGAGAUAGAGUACGCACAGAAGCUCAGAGAGAGAGAUCCUAAUAUUCGUUAUUAUUACAUGCAAGGUUGGAAUGGGAACAACCACAAGUUAGCUUACAAGUCAAAUUACGAACCAGAGGAAUUCUAUAGCCCUUGCACUGUCAGUGAUUGGGUAUCUGGUCUGGACGGAGUCUCAGAGUGUCAGAAGAGUUUCAAAGAAGAGAAGAGAAGAGAAGGAGAUAAAGAUGGUGGAAGUAACUCUAAUGAUGUUGUAGCUGGUACUGCUCUACCACUGGAUAGGGUCUGGUACAAGAGAGUGAACAAUGGUAAUGGGCCAUUGGUCGAUGAGCUGUUACUCUGUAUCAACGACAGUGCCUGUAUCAAGUUGAAGGAUUUACUGGUGAGGUACCAUCCUUGUAAAGAGCAGGUGGAGACAAUGAGAAGCAAAUUUGAAGAAUUGAUGUUAGCACUAGGUCCUGAGCUGUGCUCUAAUCUCAUUAUUGAUAUCAAGUUAUGUCCCCCUCCUUCUCCCCCUCUCUCUGCCCCAAUACAAGCAACUGACUAGCGGACACUGUAUCAGUGUGUGUGUGUGUGUGUGUGUGUGUGUGUGUGUGUUCUUCUCACUUAGUUUGUGUAGCAGUGACAGUUUGGCUAAUUAGAAGUUGUAUUUAUAUUUUAUUAGUUUAUUUUAUUAUAAUAAUAAUAAUAAUUGCUGAUUCAAU